AUGGACAGUAAAACUCUUGCUUCUUGGCUCCUACUUGGUGCCAUUGUCUGCUUGUCAGCCUGCCCUCCAGUGGCCUCAGGUUUUCGCCUCAUUCGAGGACGGCCAGUGGGAAAGUAUGGCUUUCUGGGACUACCGGUGAGCAAUGUCUCCUACUACGACUCAUCGAUUCCAGCGCAGUGGUUCGAUCAGCGUCUCGAUCAUUUUGAUCCAACAAAUACGGACACUUGGAAGCAGCGCUACUUCGUGUCUAUGAAGUACUUUGACCGCAACUCCGACUCUCCGGUGUUUCUGCAGCUGGGCGGCGAAGGCGAAGCAAGUCCCGUCUGGCUGGAGCAGGGCCAGGUGGCCACCAACUACGCAAAGCACUUUAAGGCAGCGCAAGUGUUGAUCGAACACCGAUACUACGGCAAGUCACACCCCACCAGUGACAUGUCUACUGCCAAUUUAAAGUACCUCACCAGCGAGCAGGCACUGCAAGACGCAGCCUCCUUUAUCGAGUUUUUCAAGCGCAAGCACAACCUUUCCAACAACAACAAGUGGAUCGUUUUUGGGGGCUCCUAUUCGGGCAGUCUCGCAGCAUGGCUCCGUCUUAAGUAUCCGCAUCUCAUUUCCGGUGCCAUUGCAUCAAGCGCCCCCGUUCAAGCCAUUCUCAACUUUGAUCAAUACUUGAAAGUGGUAGAUGCUUCACUGGGCUCACAAUGCGUCAGCGAAAUCCGUUCUGCUGUUAAUGAGUUGGGCAAUCUUUUAAGCACAUCUUCUAGAUGGAAGGAAAUUAACCAGCUGUUUCAGCUGUGUGACCCUCUGGAUGCCACCAAGAAGUUGGACGUAUCAAAUUUAGUGGGCAAUUUGGCGGGUAAUUUUGAAGGCGUGGUGCAAUACAACAAGGACAAUCGAAAGUUUGAGGGUGCAACAGGAACAAACAUCACCAUUGAUGUGGUUUGCUCGGCAAUGACCAAUGUCGGCGGCGGCUCCUCCAUCGAACGUUUUGCCAAUGUCAACAGCAUUCUCCUCAAUGCAAAUAACCUCUCCUGUCUUGACUACAAAUAUGACAAUUUCAUCCAGAGUUUGUCUGAGGAAAAGUGGAACAAUGCUUCUGCAGGGCGUUUGUGGACAUACCAAACGUGCACCGAGUUUGGAUUCUUCCAGUCUAGCGAUUAUCCAAGUCAGCCCUUUGGAAACUACUUCCCAAGUGACUUUUUCGUGCAGCAGUGUGUUGACAUAUUCGGCAGCAAGUUCAAUAAGCACUUUAUCGAAAAGUCAAUUGACUUUACCAACAGCUUCUAUGGCGGAUUCAACUUGACGCUCUCCAAUGUCCUUUUUCCCAACGGUCUCAUUGACCCCUGGCACGCCCUGGGUGUCCUCCACCCAAUCAGCCCUACUGCUCAGCCGUUGAUCAUCCCUCAGACGUCUCACUGCGCCGACAUGUACCCGGACUCGGACAUUGACCCACAGUCGCUGAAGGAGGCUCGUCUCAAGAUUAAGAAUACUAUUGCCAAGUUUUUGCAUGAGCACUGA